AUGAAUUCUAAGCCAUUUAUAGAACGUUCUAGGCUAGAGCUACACAAACUACUCAGGAGAAUGCUGUCUGAAAUCAACUAUUCUUAUAUUGCCCUUGUGCCAAAAGUUCCAAACCCUUCCACAGUGAGUGACUUUAGGCCUAUCUCUUGCUGCAAUCUCAUCUACAAAUGCAUUCAUAAGCUAAUUGCAAAUAAGCUUAGCUUGGCCCUACCUUCUAUCAUCAAUCCUGCACAAACUGCAUUCAUAAAAGGUAGGCAGAUUACAGACAAUAUCAUUCUUGCUUAUGAACUUCUCAAUGGGUUCUGGAGAAAGUUACUGAAGCAAAAGGAUAUGGCUAGGGGGGUUAUCAGACACAGAAUUGGAGCUGGCACUGACACUAUGAUGUGGAUUGAAUUUUGGCUGCCAAAUGGUCCAAUUUGUGAUCAGUUGGGCCUAUCAGAGAUGGAUAUUCUUCAACUUGACACAAGUGUCAAAGUUGAUAGUCUAAUAUCCAACUCACAAUGGACAAUUCCAGCCGCCCUACAGUUUUUUCCUUUUCUCCUCUCUGAAUCUUUCACUACACAGCUCCAAAGCCUCCCCCUACCAUCACUGGUACCUGAUUCAACUGAAUGGCUUCCAAGUUUACCUUUGGGAUUUUCUCAUAAACUCACUUUGGAAUACUUUUGUCCACCCUCAUUGUCUUUUGCAUGGCACAAGUUAGUUUGGUUCAAGCAUUGCAUCCCUAAACACAGUCACAUUUUCUGGUUGGCAGUUAGAGAAAAAUUUUGCACUCUUGAUACAAAGCCAAUAAUGCUACACAAGCAUUACACUAAUGUAAGUUAUCUUUGUCCUUCUAAUUGGGAAUCAAUUGAUCACCUAUUCUUCAAGUGCAAGUUCAGUCGAGCAAUAUGGGAUUUCAUUCAAAAUGUUGCUAGAUUCUACAUUAGGCCUGAUUAUUGGAAAGAACUUAUUCCUUGGUGUUCAUCUCAUUGGAGCAACGAAGGUUACACAAUUCAUAAACUCAUGCUCUCUGCUGCUGUUUAUUAUAUUUGGCUUGAAAGGAAUGCUAGAGCCUUCAGGAACAAAGCAUCUAAUGCUCCUCACACCAUUAAUCUCAUCAAGAGCUGCAUCAGAGCAAGGAUUGUAUCACUGGUUCUGAAGAGUGGAGUUGAGUUGAAGCAAAAAGGAACAACGGAGGAUCUACAGAAGAUGUUCUUGGAUGGCUGCACUUUUACUGGGUGUCACACUUGGAUCCUCCCAGAUUAA